AUGCCACUGACUCCACAGAAACUAUUACCACGCAAUGCUGGAGCUGGUCCUUUGCUGUCUCCGACUAGGCAAAGUUCUCAGCCAGCUCUUGAUGCAGGUGCUGACGUACCUCCUGUUCCUGUUGAUCCUACUUGGGACUCUUCUGUUGCUCCUGACUUCGACGCCCCUGCCAGUGAGGUCCAGGCUGGUGAUGUCAAUUCUACGGUCAGCAUCAUGCCGAAAGCUGAUAAUGAUGGACAAUCCCAUACGCGUGCAGUUAUUAAAAAGGGGAAAGCUGUUACUGCUUGUAAUGGACCCAUUUGUCAGUCACAACCAGCAAAAGAACCUGUCCGGAACUGUGUCACAUGUGCCUUCGAGUUCUGCAAAAAAUGUUGCCUUGCAUAUCAAAGCGCUAUCGGGAGGCUAUGUGCACAACAUCCGCCACCUGUCACUCUUGGAGUUGGAGCGACUCCUUCUCAUGCUGAACUGUCCCUGGAUACUCCGACUGCGGCUGGGAACGAUUAG